UCGUUGGGUAUGUUGACAAGAUGGAGUUCUUGCUGGGAAACCCAUACAGUACUCCGGUGGGACAGUGCAUUGAAAGGGCCACAGAUGGCUCACUGCAAAGUGAAGACUGGACCUUGAAUAUGGAAAUAUGUGACAUAAUCAAUGAAACAGAAGAUGGGCCCAAGGACGCUAUAAGAGCUGUGAAGAAGAGGCUUAAUGGGAAUAAAAACUACAGAGAGGUGAUGCUUACGCUGACGGUUCUUGAGACAUGUGUAAAGAACUGCGGGUACCGGUUCCAUGCACUCGUCACCACCCGGGACUUCAUUGAUGGCAUUUUGGUGAAAAUCAUAUCUCCUAAAAAUAACCCACCUGCCAUAGUGCAGGACAAAGUGCUUGCUUUGGUACAGGCAUGGGCAGAUGCCUUCAGAAGUAGUCCAGAUUUGACUGGAGUAGUCCACGUCUAUGAAGAAAUGAAGAGGAAGGGUAUAGAGUUUCCUCAAUCUGACUUGGAGACCUUGUCUCCCAUUCACACACCACAACGGCUGCAAAGUGCACCAGAGAUGGACCAGCAGAAAUAUAACGCCCCAGUCCAGCCCAAGCCACAGCCUCACCCUGCCUCCGCUCCUCCAUUUUCUGCCCCGGUGACUCACACUUCCCCACAGAUGCCCAAUCUGCCAAUGUCUGGACCCAUCAACCCUUCCCCUGAACAGAUUUGCAAGCUGCGCAGUGAGCUCGACAUUGUGCGUGGGAACACUAAGGUGAUGUCGGAGAUGUUGACUGAAAUGGUUCCCGGUCAAGAGGAUCCAUCCGAUCAUGAGCUUCUGCAGGAGUUAAACAGAACAUGCAGGGCCAUGCAGCAGAGGAUAGUUGAGCUCAUCUCACGUGUGUCCAAUGAGGAAGUCACAGAGGAGCUCCUGCACAUCAAUGAUGACCUCAACAACAUCUUCCUACGAUAUGAGAGAUAUGAGAGAUUCCGAUCUGGCCGAACUGCUCAAGGCAUAAACAAUGGGCUGAGGGAGGUCUUGAACGAGGCAACAGAAGAUAACCUGAUUGACCUGGGACCAGGGUCUCCUGCAGUGGUCAGCCCCAGGAUCAGUGCUACUCCUCCAUCCAACUUGCCUCCCUCUGUGACUCCAGUUCGCUCCGCCUCUCCAGCCACACUCUCCUCCAGACUGGCUGGUUUGGAUGUCGGUUCUGACAGUGUGAGUGGCACCUUGAGCUCUCUGACUGCCGGUCAAACCCAAGAUGACUUUGAAAUGUUUGCCCAGACCAGGACUGGCAACAUUCCUGAGAGAAAGAAUACACCAUUCGAAGACACAAAGGCUUCAAGUGGAGUGGCCCCAACUUUGGAUGUCAGACAGCAACCCACUGGGGCAGCUCUUGACCAGUCCUCUGUCAUGGAUGACAUUGAGGAGUGGCUCUGUACUGAUGUGAAAGGAGAUGAAGGAGAGGAGGGUGUGACCAGUGAAGAGUUUGACAAGUUUCUAGAGGAGAGAGCCAAAGCAGCAGAGGUGGUGCCCACGCUGCCGACACCCCUGAGUGACGAGCUUUCUGCUGCGGCCGGCGCUUCUGUGAGUGCGAGUAAAAAGGCUGGCAGGUCCGAAGACUCCCUCUUUGCCUUGUAGAUAAGUGUCAGAUCCUCUGGGGCGGCCCAGCACUGCUCACGUGGCAGUGGUGGGUCAGCCGCUUUGCUGAUCCAUCAGCGUCUCUUCUUUCUCUCCUGCUUCCUGCUUCUCCAGCACAAUCAACACUAUCACAACUGAAGUGAUCAGAACUGUUUCAUGAUCUAGACAUUUUCAUAAUAGACAUUUUCAUACUCUAUCAAGAUUUCAUUCCAUUGAAAAUGCUGUAGAAGAUCCACUCAUAACUCCCUUAAAGCAUACCGUUCCUUGUGGGUUCAAGAGGUCAAUGUCUAUUUUUUUAAUUGAUGUUUGUGGUAUAAAGCAAGGCAAAUUCUUGUAAAGUCUACUACCAGAAUUUUGUGUUCACUGUGGUCCUGCAUGCAGCAGCUGGAUAAUCCUAUUUCUCUUUCCUCAAGAAUAAUCUGUAUAGGGAGCUAAUAAUUGUUUUUUCUUCUUUUUUCAGUUUUAUUUACCUGAAGAUUUGCUUUAAAGGGAUGUUAUACAUAGGAUUAUUUAUUAUAAAAUUUCUAAUUAACACCUCUGACAAGAUAUACCAUAACGGAAAGCUGAUGUUAGCAGUUCAGCUGGCAAAUUUAAGACUUUUGUGUCAUAUUAUCAGAAAUUAGUACCAGUGAUUGAAUGACAUAACUAUUAGAGAGAGAGAGGUUUUAAGCAUAGUUGUUAUUUGAUUUAAAACACAUUUUGCUAAUUGAAUAUUGAACUGAAUAAGGCAAAAUGACAGAAGUGACAUGUCUGCACCACAUCUCUUGACUACAGAGCUCACAUCAGAGGGAAAAUGAUAUUAUUAAUAUUUCACUGGAUACUUUUAAAUGUUAUUAUUUUACCAGGCAAACCAUUGCCUAUUAAAAAGGAUUAAUAGGAACAAAAAGUAUGUAUUUCAAUUUAAUUUGCACUGAAAUAAUUAUUCGCCUUUCGGCUGUGUUAAAAGAGCUUUUGUUCAAAUACAAAAUUUAAGCUGUCGUUCUUUUCACUGCUGUCUAUUAUGAGGCCGAAAUCAAAUGGAGUUUCCAGAGAACUGAUGGUUACUGCGAGGCAGUUUAAAUUGGAUUUUACGUUGCACAACUGCAGCAGAAGUGGUGUCGAGCUUAAUGUUAUUAUUGGGAAUGAAAUGGAUCUGCCUUAAAGAACAGGUUGUGGGUAGUUUAAGGUGUAGUCCACUAAUGGUCAUUUAACCUUUGGUACUCUCAUGUUUGCACAUCAGAGGUUUGAUUUAGUGAGGUGAAUGUGCUUAUGUAAUAUCUUUAGUUCGAGUGCUGUCGCGCUGUUGUGUACAUUCUGUUUCGACGGACCAAAUGUUUAACCUUAGCAAAACAUUUAAGCAUAGAGUCAACUAACUUAAAACAUAUAUUGCUUUUAACGUCCAGAUGAUUUUUAGUUGUGUUUGUAUUUGUGUAAGAUUUUAUUUGUUCAUAUAGGUGAGCAUAAAUCAAAGGGACAGUGCACUUUUGCAUGGCUAAUAAUUUUAUAUGAUUUGUCACACUACACAAAAUAUGUAUUACAAAUGAAAACAACCCCAGAUCUUUUGAGUAACUAAGCUUUGGGCCUCUUGCACUCAGAAUUUCAGUUUGAAAAUUGUUGGAUUUUGAGGAUCGCCGCCUUUGGCAGAAUUAUUGGGAGCUCAUUAUGCUGUGUUUGUGAACUUUACAGUUACCACAUAACUUUCGUGGAGCUGUUGAAACAAUUUAAGGGAAACAGUUUAGGGAGCUUCAAAAAGCCCAAGUCCUUCAUCAGGUGACAAUGAUAUGUAGCCUGAUAUAUAGUUAUUCUGAGAAGAGCUAAGAAGAAAUUCAAAGAUAGCUGUAGCAGGGAAUGCAGCUUGAUUAUGCACAAGCAUUAAUACUAAAAUAUUAUGGCAACUGUCUAUUUCUGUUGAUAAUAGGAGAUUUGAGGGACAUGAUUGGUGGUCACAAUUGACUAGUUUCUUUCUCCUAUCUCCUCCUAUAUUACUUAUAUGUACACUAAACUCAAUGAAAAAAAAAACAGAUUUUACCUCCCAUGGAUGUUAACCAUCCCAUUUAAAUGCUAUUGUUAUUGUUUUUGGCACUAUCGCUGAAAUGGUUCAUCUUGGAUAGAAACACGUUAUUUAAAGGGUUAGUUCACUCAAAAAUGAAAAUUAGCCCAUAAAUUACUCACCCUCAAGU